AGGAAAGAAAGUCAUUGCACUAUUACAUUCUAUUUCUUCUUCUUUAUGAAUCAACUUGACGUAUUAAUAUUUAUAGAUUAUUAAAUAUCAUUUGUAUUAUUUUUUGGUUAUUUUUUAAUUUAAAUUAUUUGAGCGAAUGCGGUUUUUGUAAAAUAAUUUGUGUCGGUGCAAAAAGUUUUGUGCAAUAUGUGAUAAAAUUUUGAUAGCUGCAAAAUGUUGAUGGCAUUGGUUAGAUCAGCCACCGCGGCGCUGACAUCUCACGGCGGUCCCUCAAACUCUUCCUCUCGUAACGGCACAACCAGUGCUGCCAACAGCACUACAGCGUCUUCCGCCGUUAACAACGGCGCCCACAGUCCCUCUGCAACGGGCGUUGUCACCACCAGCGGUCACCACAAGGACAGCAGUCCCAACGGCAAACACAGCAAUGGACACGGCGCUGUCGUCGCUGGUUUGAGUCUGAAUCCGGCAGCCGGUGCCGGAAGUGUUGGUAAUACAGGGAGUGGCGCACACGGAUUGGUUGUUUCGCAGAGACCCGUUGGAGCCAUGGCGCCCGGGACGCCGAGUGCCAAAACUAAGGACAAAAUUAUGCUUCGUGCCAAAGUGGUUGUGGCUUUGUAUCCGUUCAAGGCUAUUGAAGGAGGGGAUUUGUCAUUAGAGAAGGGGGCAGAGUAUGAAGUAGUAGAUGACUCGCAAGAACAUUGGUGGAAAGUCAAAGAUAAUGCUGGUAACAUUGGAUACAUCCCGAGCAACUAUGUUAAAGAAAAGGAACUACUCGGUUUACAAAAAUAUGAAUGGUAUGUUGGAGACAUGUCCAGGCAACGAGCGGAAUCGUUACUCAAACAAGAGGACAAAGAAGGUUGUUUUGUUGUAAGAAAUUCUUCGACUAAAGGCCUCUAUACACUCUCGCUUUAUACCAAAGUUCCACACCCGCACGUCAAACAUUACCACAUCAAACAGCAGCAGCCAAACAAAUCGGGCAGUGGAGGAGGUGCAGGAGGUGAAUUAUAUUAUCUCUCUGAAAAACAUUGUUGUGCAAGCAUCCCGGAAUUGGUUAAUUAUCAUCGGCACAACAGUGGAGGAUUGGCAAGCAGACUUAAGGCGUCGCCUUGUGAUAGACCGGCACCACCUACUGCUGGUCUCAGUCAUGAUAAAUGGGAAAUCGAUCCAGCAGAGCUGAUGUUGCUUGAAGAAUUAGGUUCUGGCCAAUUUGGCGUUGUCCGUAAAGGUAAAUGGCGCGGAUCCAUCGAUACAGCUGUUAAAAUGAUGAAAGAAGGAACAAUGUCUGAAGAUGACUUCAUUGAGGAAGCCAAAGUCAUGACUAAAUUGCAACAUCAGAACCUAGUGCAACUGUACGGAGUGUGCACAAAGCACCGUCCAAUUUAUAUUGUGACUGAAUACAUGCGUCAUGGUUCCUUGCUCAACCAUUUGAGACGUCACGAACUUGCUCUGGCUGGAAACAGUGCCAUGUUGCUUGAUAUGUGCAUACAGAUUUGCAAAGGUAUGUCCUACCUAGAACGGCACAAUUAUAUCCAUCGCGACUUGGCGGCUCGUAACUGUCUCGUUGGUUCUGAAAAUACAGUAAAAGUAGCAGAUUUUGGUUUGGCUCGUUACGUUCUGGAUGACCAGUAUACGUCAUCAGGUGGUACCAAGUUUCCUAUAAAAUGGGCGCCUCCUGAAGUUCUUAAUUACACCAGGUUUAGCUCCAAGAGUGAUGUGUGGGCUUAUGGAGUUUUGAUGUGGGAAGUCUUUACUUGUGGAAAGAUGCCUUAUGGUCGUUUGAAGAAUACUGAAGUCGUAGAACGUGUACAACGUGGAAUUGUUCUUGAGAGACCUAAAGGCUGUGCGAAAGAAGUUUAUGAAAUAAUGCGCGCCUGCUGGUCCCACAGCCCAGAUGACCGUCCUUCAUUCAGAUCGUUGAAAGAACAAUUACAUUCUGUCUCUCAAAACCUAAUGCAAGAUUGACUGAUUGACAGUUCCAACUUCAACAUUCCAUCUCAAC